AUGGCGGCGCUGGCAGAGGAGCAGACAGAGGUGGUAAUCAAGCCUGACCCGGAGGGACCGCAGGCGCUCCCAGCCACGCAGCCGGGCGACUGUCCAGGCGAGGGUAGCGGGAGCAGCCACAACAGCAGUCAUAACGGAGGUGGCGGCGGCAGCGGCAGUGUCGCGGCGUCUUCAGCCAGCAGCGAUGGCGGGACCCCGAAGCCCGCCGUGGCUCCUCAGGCAGCUGCUGCUGCUGCGGCUGCGACAGCGGCCCCGGGGGGCGCGGCUGGGGCUUCGGCAGCGGCUGCCGAGGGCAUCGCCUCUCAGGACCGGCAGACCCUGCUGGCCGUGCUGCAGUUUCUACGGCGGAGCAACCUACGCGAGUCUGAGGAGAUCCUGCGGCGCGAGGCCCGGCUGCUGGAGGAAGCGGCGGGAGCUGGCGCCCUCGGGGAGGCGGACGGGCCCGGGACCGAAGCCGCCAUCGCGCUCCUGAGCCGGGUCACCGCCGCCGCCGGGCCCACCGGCCCGGGCCCUGGCUCGGGUUCCGGCCCCGGCCCCGGCGCCUGCCCCGCCACGGGGAGCUCGGGAGCCGCCUCGGCCACGGCAGCUCCGGCCAAAGUUGGAGUAGUUGCUGUAGAAGACCAGCCUGAUGUCAGUGCAGUGCUGUCUGCCUAUAAUCAACAAGGGGAUCCAGCAAUGUAUGAAGAGUACUACAGUGGAUUGAAACAUUUCAUUGAAUGUUCCCUGGACUGUCAUCGAGCAGAAUUAUCUCAGUUAUUUUAUCCUCUAUUUGUACAUAUGUACUUGGAAUUGGUCUACAAUCAGCACGAAAAUGAAGCAAAAUCAUUCUUUGAGAAGUUUCAUGGCGAUCAGGAAUGUUAUUAUCAGGAUGAUCUUCGAGUAUUAUCUAGCCUUACCAAAAAGGAGCACAUGAAAGGGAAUGAGACUAUGUUGGAUUUUCGAACAAGUAAAUUCGUUUUGCGAAUUUCCCGUGACUCUUACCAACUCUUGAAAAGACACCUCCAGGAGAAACAGAACAACCAAAUAUGGAACAUAGUCCAGGAGCACCUGUAUAUUGACAUCUUCGAUGGGAUGCCUCGGAGUAAGCAACAGAUAGAUGCUAUGGUGGGAAGUUUGGCCGGAGAGGCAAAGCGAGAGGCAAAUAAGGCAAAGGUUUUUUUUGGUUUGUUAAAAGAACCAGAAAUUGAAGUUCCUUUGGAUGAUGAAGAUGAAGAAGGGGAGAAUGAGGAAGGAAAGCCCAAAAAAAAGAAACCUAAAAAAGAUAGUAUGGGAUCUAAAAGCAAAAAACAAGAUCCUAAUGCUCCACCUCAAAACAGAAUUCCUCUUCCUGAAUUGAAAGAUUCAGAUAAAUUGGAUAAAAUAAUGAACAUGAAAGAAACUACGAAACGUGUGCGACUUGGUCCAGAUUGUUUACCUUCCAUCUGUUUCUAUACAUUCCUUAAUGCCUAUCAGGGUCUCACUGCAGUUGAUGUCACUGAUGAUUCCAGCUUGAUUGCAGGAGGUUUUGCUGAUUCCACUGUCAGAGUAUGGUCCGUAACUCCCAAAAAGCUUCGUAGUGUGAAGACAGCAACAGACCUCAGCCUCAUAGACAAAGAAUCUGAUGAUGUUUUAGAAAGAAUCAUGGAUGAAAAAACAGCAAGUGAAUUGAAGAUUCUAUAUGGUCACAGUGGGCCUGUUUAUGGGGCAAGCUUCAGUCCUGACAGAAACUACCUACUUUCUUCCUCAGAAGAUGGCACUGUUAGGCUAUGGAGCCUCCAAACAUUUACUUGUUUGGUAGGAUACAAAGGACACAACUAUCCAGUUUGGGAUACACAAUUUUCUCCAUAUGGAUACUAUUUUGUUUCAGGAGGACAUGACAGAGUAGCUCGGCUAUGGGCUACAGAUCAUUAUCAGCCUUUACGAAUAUUUGCCGGCCACCUUGCUGAUGUGAACUGUACACGCUUUCAUCCAAACUCUAACUACGUUGCUACAGGGUCAGCAGACAGAACAGUAAGGCUCUGGGAUGUCUUGAAUGGAAACUGUGUAAGGAUCUUCACUGGGCAUAAGGGACCAAUUCAUUCUUUGGCUUUUUCUCCCAAUGGGAGAUUCCUGGCUACUGGAGCAACAGAUGGCAGAGUACUUCUUUGGGAUAUUGGACAUGGCUUGAUGGUUGGAGAAUUAAAAGGCCAUACAGAUACAGUAUGUUCACUUAAGUUUAGUAGAGAUGGAGAAAUUUUAGCAUCAGGUUCAAUGGAUAACACAGUUCGUUUGUGGGAUGCCAUAAAAGCAUUUGAAGACCUAGAGACUGAUGACUUUACUACAGCCACUGGACAUAUAAACUUGCCUGAAAAUUCACAGGAUUUAUUACUGGGAACAUAUAUGACAAAGUCAACACCAGUUGUACAUCUCCAUUUUACUCGCAGAAACUUGGUUUUAGCUGCAGGAGCUUAUAGUCCACAAUAAACCAUCUGUAUUAAGACUUUUUGAAAGCCACUCUCUGAAAAAAAGAUACUUAAAAGUAAAUACCUCAAAGAUUAACAUUUAUGCCACAAAGAGUGUCUUAUCUUAAAGGAUCUGCAAGGAGGCUGCUUGGAAAUCUAAACUGGACAACAGUUCUACAGCAAUUGUACAUUUAGCAACUUUCUGUGAGUUGGAUACAAGGCAUGGGCGCUGUAGAAAGAAAAUGUUAACGGUGCUUUGGAUUAUGUGGAAACUAUGCAUUUUUUGUUCAAAUUCCAUCUUAAUUUAUUUUCUUUAAUUAUUGACUUCAACAAUUUUUACCCACUUGAACGUUCAAAGCCCUUAGUGUCCUAAAUAACACUAAGUUUAGGUUGAAGAAGCUCUACCUGGGUAUGUUCCUGAUAGAAAAAAUGAAAUUUAGCUACUGUCUGGCACUCUGUACUUACAUGAAACAGACCAGUUGCCUACUUUAAUAGCUUUCUUACUGCUCUUCAUUUGAAACAAUCAGAUAUGUUUUCUUCUCAAAGAGCUGAAACAGGUCUAACAGCCCAAUAUGCAGGGGCCUACUCUUAAUUUAAAUAAACCUCUUGGUCUAAUGAGUAAAUCUCCUGCACUAUUUACAGUGACCUGUGUAAUAAGUGCAACUGAGAAUUUCCUCAGCCAGUGAAGGAAUAGCUCCUAUUAUAAAGAAAGUUUCUUAAGUGAAGACAAUAAAGUACAUGUGGGAAAUGACUUUCUACAUAUUCCCAAGUACCCCUCCUAGUAAACAACCUUUUGUGGAGGGUGCUUAGAUAAAGACCUUCAGCUAAGCUUUGGUUUCCGUUAGCUGAUGCAAAAUAUGAUACACUUGAAGUCAAAUGCAGACAUUUCAGUUGCUUACCUCCAAUACAGAGCCUUGCUUUGGGAAACUAAAAGCAGAUUUAGACAGACAAGUCACUGCCAGUU